UGUCACGUGUUCUGCAGUAGACGAAGCGCUAUUUAACUCUCGUGUGUUCUAUACCAGUACAGUGCAGUGCCUCCUCAAGCCUAUAUCAAGCACCAGUCCAAGAAGAUAAUGCAGCUUAUGAAGCCGCUGUGGCGUCGUAUCAGCUCUCAGUUAGUGGUCAGCUUCAGAAGCCAGUCCAGAGCCUCAUCAACUAUCUCCGACCCUGGCAGCAGCACUCGCACCCUGGUCAGUAAUGCAGAGGGUGAUUGGCCUCCCCGGGUGCUCAUCACUGGAGGCCUGGGGCAACUCGGAAGCAAUCUAGCAAAGGAGCUAAGGAAGCGUUACGGUGUGAAUAAUGUGGUGCUAUCUGAUAUUAUGAAGCCAACACAGAAAAUUCUUGCCAAUGGUCCGUAUGCGUACGCUGACGUGCUUGAUGUCAAACAUCUCCACUCUCUGGUGGUCAACUACAACAUUGACUGGGUGGUUCACUUCUCAGCCCUCUUGUCAGCCAUCGGGGAGAAGGACGUCACUAGGGCACUCAAGGUGAACAUCGAGGGCUACCACAACAUCGUUGAGGUGUGCAAGUCACACAACCUCCGACUAUUCUGCCCCAGCACUAUCGGAGCAUUUGGCCCCUCCUCCCCCCGAAACCCCACCCCUGAUGUCACCAUACAGAGACCCAGGACCAUCUACGGUGUUUCCAAAGUGCACGUGGAACUCCUCGGGGAGUACUACUACUACAAGUAUGGUGUAGACUUUCGAUCACUGCGUUUCCCGGGAGUGUUGUCAGCUGGUGCUCCGGGCGGAGGAACUACAGAUUAUGCUGUGCACAUAUUCCAUGAUGUUAUCAGGACUGGGGAGUAUAAAUGUUUCCUGAGGGAGGACACACGUCUGCCAAUGAUUUAUCUCCCUGACUGCACCAAGGCAACAAUCAUGGCACUAGAGGCACACCCCUCUGUAUUCCAUCCGGAGAUGAGGACGUACAACAUCCAGGGUAUCAGCUUCACCCCAGCUGAGCUGGUGGAGGAAAUGAGAAAAUAUUUCCCUAACAUGAAAGUCACAUAUGAGCCAGACGAGAGACAAGCGAUCGCUGACACUUGGCCAGAGGUGCUGGACGACACGAACGCUCGUGCCGACUGGAACUGGUCCCAUGACUACGACCUCCCAAAAAUGGUUAAAGAGAUCGUGGAGAAACUUAGCAAAUCAACUUAAAACACUACAAUAAUUAUGUUAGUUUUGUAUGUUUGUUACAUUUUGUACUUGUCCCAUUAUAGCAUCCAUAAAUUUAUGUUUUUCCUUUGUACCUUCAGUCUGAAGAGCUGUGUUUAGUAUAGGUGUGUGCCCUUAUUAACAGUCAACCUGAGUUUUUAAGCAG